AUGAUCUCCUCCACACGAUCAUUGAGCGCUGGAUCGCUUAUGCUCGCUUUGUUGGCCUCCCCAGUGGCGGCUGGCAGCUACUCCCUUGUGGAGAACUGGCAGGGAAAGAAUUUCCUGGACUUUUUCAACUUCCACGUCGGUACCGACCCGACAAACGGCUACGUCAACUAUCUCGACAAGGAAACAGCGGAGAGCGCUGGGCUGGUCAAGGUGACGGAUUCUGGCAGUGUAUAUCUGGGUGUCGACCACACGACUAAGCUGAAUCCCAAUGGAAAGGGACGUGAUUCGGUUCGCAUUGGCAGCAAGAAAUACUACGAUCAGUCGCUGAUCAUUGCCGACAUCGCACACAUGCCCGGUAGCGUCUGCGGUACAUGGCCCGCCUUUUGGUCCGUGGGCAAGGAGUGGCCCGGAGAUGGCGAGAUUGACAUCAUUGAAGGUGUGAACUUGCAGGACCACAAUGAGAUUGUUAUGCAUACAGCUGGCACUUGCAGUCUGACUGAUACGGACAUGACCGGAACCGUGAACGCAACGGGCUGCGGUGAGGACCUCGGCACUGUUGGCUGUGUUAUUGAGGGCCACAAGGGCAGCUAUGGUACAUCAUUCAACGGCCAAGGAGGUGGUGUUUAUGCGUUGGAGUGGACCGCGGAGUACCUGAAGAUCUGGCAUUUCCCCCGCAACUCGAUCCCGGCAUCGAUCAAGAGCGGGAAACCGGAUGUGACCCAGUUUGGUACUCCCAUGGCAUUGGUGGAAGAAUCGUGCGAUGUUGCAAAUGCCUUCAAGUCACAGUCCUUCAUCUUCGACACCACUUUCUGUGGCGACUGGGCUGGAGGUGUGUUUGGCGACUCAGGAUGUCCGGCAACCGAUGCAGACUCCUUCAAGAGCUGUCACAAUUAUGUUGCUCACAACCCAAGCGAGUUCAAGGAAACUUACUGGGAGAUCAACUCGGUCAAAGUUUACCAAACUGGCGUGAAAGGAAUUGCCUCGGUUUCAUCCGAGUCUCAGUCUAUCCAAGCUCCUACCACCAUUGUGUCCAAGACACAGGCAGUCCAAACCAAGCCAACUGAGAAAGCCACCGAAGUCAAGUCCGAGCCCGCAGUCGCAACCCACUCAACUGAAACUGCCCCGGCUGUGGAGUCUACCACAUCUCCAUCUGACAACGCCUCUGUCGGAACCAUCCAAGAGUUGAACCCUUCGCCUGCUCCCGCACCCGCCUCGACGGAAGAGAGCCAUGCAACUCAGGAGGCGGAGGCUGUCCCGAAGAAGACCCGCACCGUCACUGCUCAUGUCACUGCAACUGAAACCAUCUGCCCCGAGGCAGAGAAGUCUUCUGCUGCCGUCGUGCAGGCCACCGCUGUUCGCCCUCAUUCCAGCCAUGGAUAUGCGCCACCCGCUGAUGACCAGAGUGCUACGGUCCCAAUCUCGCAGCAAGCUCCCACCACAGUCCCUGCCGCCCCAUCUUACACCUCCCCCGCAGAAUCUACCGCCGCGCCCGUCGCAAGCCCCAGUGUGCCUUCACCGGCUGCUGUUGAGCCCACUUCAGCUGGGUCUCCAGCCGGACCUCUCCUCACCCCGGAGAGCUUUGGCUCUUCAUGGGUGAAGCCCUCCGCGUCCGUCGUCCCUUCUGCGGAGAGCUUUGGCUCUUCUUGGAUGCAGCCCUCUGCCCUUCCAUCCGCGGUCGUAUCAUCUGUUCCAUACGAUCCCUCCCGCGCUUUGAUUCCCGCGCCUACUGAUGCUUCCCCGGCAAGUGGCUCCACCACAUCCGGGGUCUUCGUUCCUAGCGGCUCCGAGUCUGGAGUUAGCCCCGUCUUCACAGGCGCCGCCGACCGUGUGCUCGCGCAGCUUCCAGCUGUCGCGUGCGCCAUGGUCGUUGCCGUUCUUGUCUAA